CUCCGAGCGCGACCGGGAGGGCUACGCGGCGGCCGCAGCCAUGGGCUCUGGGCCUGCGGGGGCGCGGUGGGGGUGCGAGGACCUGCGGGGCCGGGCGGGAGAGACGGCUGCCGGGACCCGCCCUAGACACUGAGCCGCGGUGGGAUCCCCGCUGGCUCUGCGAGGCCCUGCGAGCGCCAGGGAGGCGCCUCGACGGAGCGGGGCAGCCCCCGGCCACUUCAGGGGGGCCCGCUUCGCCGCCCGGGCGGUCGAGAGGGCCUUGGGGGCACAUCUCGGGGUGCGGUGACCCGCCUGGCGCAUUUCGGGGGUCGGGGCGCGUUUGCCAGGGGACAUCUGGAGCCCGGCCCUGCUUCUGUCGGGCUCCAGGGUACCCCUGGAUGGCUGCGCUGUGCCCUCGCCGGCCGCCCGGGCGCCGCAGCGGCUGAGUUCGCCGGGAUCGCCGGGCCGCCGCCGCCCUUGCCACCCGCUGCAUGCUCGGCGCCCGGGUCGCGGCCCACCUGGACGCACUGGGCCCCCUGGUCCCCUACGUGCCGCCGCCGCUGCUGCCCUCUAUGUUCUACGUGGGCCUGUUCUUCGUCAAUGUGCUGAUCCUGUACUACGCCUUCCUCAUGGAGUACAUCGUUCUCAACGUGGGCCUCGUCUUCCUGCCCGAGGACAUGGACCAGGCGCUCGUGGACCUCGGCGUGCUCUCCGACCCCGGCUCGGGCCUUUACGAUGCUGACUCGGAGCUCGACGUCUUUGAUGGGUACUUGGAGUAGGGUCUCGACUGCCGUUCCCCUCUUCCCUCCACGAUCCGCAACCCACUCCCUGGACCAGCCGCCCAGAUCAUACCGCCGCAGCUGGUUGGGGGCACCAUCUGGACGGGGAUGGUUCCCCAGGAGGAGACCCUCCCCUGCCUCCGAGGCCUGUCUAACUGGAUGCCAGGAAUGGCCAGACUCCUCUUAAGCCCUUCGUUUGGGCUGGAAAGCUUCCCCCAGCAAAGGGGACAGCUGGUGAAAAGGAAGGGGACCCCGAGAGGACAUGGACCUGUGCAGAGACAGGCAACUUCUCCUUUGCUGUCUGUCUCCUUCCAGCCACCAGGAGAUGGCCAGACCCCAGCCAUGCCUUCAUCCAGAGAUAAGGCCUGCUCCCCUCAAAAGCUUCGUGCCAACAGAGAGGUUCCUGUUUGGACCCAGGAGAGUGGAAGAGAGAUUGGGACUGACUGCUGAGGUUGGGAAGGCACCUGCUCCCAGAGAAGGGGGAACGCAAGGGGCGUCCCAAGACCUCAUCUGCCUGCAGCGUCACACCGAUGGCCUGGCCUUGGCUUCUGAUUAUUUGCAACUGCGAUGGAUGUUUACAGGAACCCAGCCAGAGUUUGCCUCCCUGCACUUCAUCCCGGAGCGCACCUGCUUCCCCCACUUCACCUUCAGAGAGGACACUUCAAACUGCGGACACACACAAAAGCGACUCCCAGCUCCGUUUGAUGUGAGGAGACUGAGGUGUGGGAGAGUACAGGCGGCAGAACUCUCGCGGGAGACAGUUGUAGCACCACUUGCCCUCAUGUGAUGCUAAAGAAAGAAAAGCUACGAAAUCUGAAAAGAAGACAUUUGAGAGGCCCAAGGAAAAAGGUGAGCGUGAGGAGGGAGACAUUUGCAUGCAGAGAGAGGCCUGAGAGGAAGAGUGACCAUUUGGAAGGUGCGCGGACUUACAGUCCACUGGACGUGGAAUUGCACCAUCAUGCCCUGAUUCCUCCAAGCAGCGCUUUACUACCUGACAAAUGGGGUUCAGGGGCACUUCCAGCACACUGUGCCUUUGCCUGCAGAGAGGUCCUCCAAAGAAGUCAGAAGUCCAUUCCUUUGUAGGAGUGUGACUAUAAGUAUUGCUUAGAUCUGUGACACGGGGUCAGUAAUUUAUCCACAUCUUAUGAUGACUGUGCAUUAACUACAAAAAGGUGCCCCUCUGGGUUAAAAGGCUCCACACCAGGACUCCCAGCUUGGCAAGCAGAACCCAGACUGGUUUGCAGCCCCCAUGUUCCCCCUUGUCCAGGUGCCUUUGUGCAGUGUACAGACUGGCCAACCUCACCUGGCAGCCCUGUCCAGAGUUUUUUUAAUUUGCUAAAAUAUAAGACUCACCAGGGCAGGAACAUCUUAUUCAUGACUGUGCACUCAGUACGUAUUUGUAGAAUGAAUGAAACAGGUGAGGAUUAUUUGUUCAUUUUAUGUUAUUGAGCACCUAUUAUACACAGGCGCCUUGCUGGGUGCAGAGGGCACAGCAGUGUACAAAGCAAGAUGUUUCCCGCCCUCCUGGAGCUCAUGUCCUAGGACAAGAGCAGACUGCAUAAAUAAGUGAAAAAGAUAAACUAGUGAUGGGGUUGCAGAGUGGGGCAAGUCCUGAAGGAUGAGAAAUCGGCCAUAUGGAGAGCUGGGAGGAACAUUCCAGCCAGAGGCAAGAAUGAAACACAGAUAUAUGUAAUAAUGACAGCCAAGAUGUUAUUGAGCCUAAUUCUCAACCUAUUAGCUCACCACACCUUCACAUAAUCCUAUAAAAAAGGUGCUGUGGUUAUGCUCAUUUUACAAAUGAGGAGACUGAGGCACAGAGAACUAGCUUGCAUAAGUAAGUGGUAAGGAGGGCGUUGAGCCCAGGCAACAUUGUUCUAGACUCUCUGCCAUUCGCCCCUAGACUCUUAUCCCUCUUGGGUAGGAGUUUAGCACAGUGUCUGGCACACAGUUGUCACUUAUUGAGCUAAUACUUUCUGAGCACUUUGAAUUUCCCUUGCACUGUGAUAAGGGCUUUGCAUGUAUCAGCUCAUUAAAUAAACAGUAGUGGCUGGGUGCGGUGGCUCACACCUGUAAUCCCAGCACUUUGGGAGGCCAAGGCAGGCAGAUUACCUGAGGUCAGGAGUUUGAGAUCAGCCUGGCCAACAUGGUGAAAUUCCAGCUCUACUAAAAAUACAAAAAUUAGCCAGGCGUGGUGGUGCAUGCCUGUAAUCCCAGCUACUUGGAAGGCUGAGGUGGGAGAAUCUCUUGAACCCAGGAGGCAGAGGUUGCAGUGAGCCGAGAUCACGCCACCGCACUCCAGUGUGGGCAACAAGAGUGAAAACUCUGUCUCAAAAAAAUAAAAUAAAAUAAUAAUAAACAGUAGCUAUCAUUAACAAA